AUGGAUGGGAGCAACCUGACCAGGGUCACUGAGUUCAUCCUGCUUGGGUUUCAGAAUGAGAAACCGGUGAACAUUCUUCUUUUUUCUGUAUUCCUGCUCAUGUACCUGACAUCUCUGGUCGGCAACACCCUGAUCAUCCUUCUAGUGUGCUGUGACCGUCGCCUGCACUCACCCAUGUACUUCUUUGUAGCCAACCUCUCCUUCCUCGAGGUGGCCAUCACCUCCACUGUGGUGCCUGAGAUGUUGGGCAACACUUUCUCACUCACCAAAGCCAUCUCCUUUGUGGGCUGCCUCACGCAGUCUUUCUUCUACUUCCUCUUGGGGUCCACCGAGUUCUUCCUCCUGGCGGUCAUGUCCUUUGAUCGGUACGUAGCCAUCUGCAACCCACUGCGGUACGCGCUCAUCAUGAACAGACAGACGUGCGCGGCGCUGCUCCUGGGGUCUUACGUGGGCGCCUUUCUGUCCAUCCUGGCGCCAUCAGUUUUAACGGCCCCCCUGCCCUUCUGCGGGCCCAACGUGGUGAACCACUUCUUCUGCGACAGCGCCCCAGUGCUGAAGCUGGUCUGCGCGGACACCUCUCUGGCGGAGCUGGCGGACUUCGCCUCCUCGGCGGUGCUGCUCCUGGGCUCCCUGCUCCUGACCGGCGUGUCCUACACCUGCAUCAUCAUCACAGUGCUCAGGAUGCCCUCGGCGCAGGGCCGGCGCAAGGCCUUCUCCACCUGCGCCUCGCACAUCACGGUGGUAACGCUGUACUACGGCAGCUCCAUCUUCAUCUACGUGCGCCCGCGGAAGGGCGGCGUGAUGGACGUGAACAAGUUCGCCACCGUGCUGAACACCAUCGUGACGCCCAUGCUGAACCCCUUCAUAUACAGUCUGCGCAACGAGAAAGUGAAAGGCUCGCUCAGAGACGCCCUGGCGAAAUGCCCUUGCAGACUAGGGACAACCAUGUGCCAAAGGUGA